GACCUCCCUGUAGAGCGCUGCCGUGUCCGCCAUCCUUCUCUCUCCUCUCCGGAGCAGGACACAGUCACAGGACACCAACAUGCUGUCAGUUCGCGUCGCAGCGGCUCUUGCCCGCACUCUGCCUCGACGGGCUGGAUUUGUAAGCUACUCUCAUUUCACUGUGUACUAAUUUUGUGUCGACUUUUAAUCUAAAACCUCGACUUUGUUCUUUGUAAGAGUCAUGGCGUUGGUGAUCUGCGUGCAAAAGUCUCUGCACAGGAGGACACCGGGCCCUUCACAAUAAUAGUUUUCUAAGCGAACAUUUACAGCUGAAACAAGCCGCACAUACGACACCACAGAUACUUUAAAAUCGAUCAAAUGAAUCUCAGAAUAUGUGUCGUUUAGUUAAUGCACGGAUAUGACGAAGCUAAAGAGCAGGAAAAACGAAUGGAGAUUGGCAUCGAAGGUCAAGUUUCCUCUUCUCAGCCCUCUGCAUCUGUCAAUGUAUUUGCAAUACUUGACACUGUUUUAAUUUACACGAAUAUAUUAUAAUAGUUGACUGGUGGUCAGCUGUGAAAAGGAAUCAUGAUUGGACUCCAGAUUGCAUGACCUAGUGCCCUUUAUUUUGAAAGGAAACCCAUGUCAUGUUGCAGACAUGAACAACUCAAAGUUCAGAGUCAUGUCAGUCAUCAGGAAAGCUCUUGUGUAGAAAUUUGGCUGUUAAUGAAACUGGAUGAAACCACCUAAGAUGGGGUAGAUGUUCGUGUAAAUGCUGCUGCAAACGCCUUUAUGCUAAUUUUUUCUCAUCAGAAAUUGAUUGGCUAAAAAUUGAGCAUAACACCUUGUGUGCAGGCUUCUCCAAAAUCAACAAGACCUGAAAAGUUCUUGACAAGACCUUUGAUUUUUUUAUUUCUUAAAUUUUAUUUGCAUUUUUUUUUUUUUUUUUACAAACAAACAGUUAGCUGAGUGCCUUUUUAAGGUCCUUUCACACCAGACCUAUUUUUGUAGUGCAAUUAUUUCGGACGUCAAUAUUUUUUUCGAACCCGUAUCCUGUCAAUACAAGUGUUCACAUCAGGGACGUUUUCCUGUCCUACGGUAUUGCGACAUUUAUUUUUUUAUAUCACCGUCGAUUUUUCUAAAGUUUCGCAUACAUUGUGUCCACUUCACUGAAACAACCUUUUACUAUCUUAAAAACACUGCAAAAGUAUGACCGUUUCGCUCUCUGAGCCAGACGGACAGACUAAUGAACACUUUUAUAACCAGCAGGCUGGACUACUGUAAUGCUCUUCUCUCUGGUUCACCCAAAAGCACAAUAAACCAGCUACAACUGAUCCAAAACUCUGCUGCUAGAGUUUUGACCAGGACCAGGGGAAGAGCUCAUAUUACACCCAUUUUAAAGUCUUUGCACUGUCUGCCUGUUAGUUUUCGCAUUGAUUUGAUUCUUUCACUAGUUUAUAAAGCUCUACAUGGCCUGGCACCAGAAUACCUUUCAAAGAUGGUUUUAAUUUAUGAACCAGGGCGGCCUCUCAGAUCCUCUCAAUCUUCUCUUUCAGUCGUUCCACAGAGCAGAACAAAAAGAUUUGGUGAUGCUUCUUUUAGCUGCUACGCUCCAAAACUGUGGAACAAACUUCCAGAGGGUCUGCGACAAGCUGCAAAUAUAGAAAUCUUUCAUUGUUACCUAAAAACCCAUCUAUUUAGCUUUUAUAUAAAGCUUCAUUAUUUUAAUUACUAUUAAAAUGUGUUUAUUUUUAGUAUCACUUUUUACCUUACUUUAUUAGUAAAUUUAAGUUUAUAUUUUAUUGUCUGGUUUAAUAACUUUUAUUUUUCUUGUCCUGAUGUAGAGCGCUUUGAGCUGCAAUUUAAUUUGCAUGAAUAGUGCUAUAUAAAUAAGCUUUGAUUGAUUGAUCGAUUGAAAACAUGGUGUUAUUCACAGAGAAGAAAAGAAACUUGUCCUUGUAGCCUCCAUCAAAGUUGUCCAUUUUUUUAAAGUAUGUGAAUCGAUUUAUAUUUGAUCAAUUGUUUUCCACUUUCGGGUGUUUGUUUCUUGCUGGAGUCGUAGAGCGUGCGUUAGUUUCUGCAUUUCAUAUAGUUCUUCCACCAUGUCCAGCCAGUUUUUCUGAUUUGGUGGAUUCUUCUUACACCAAUUCCUCAUGAUGGCCUUCUUUAGUGCUGCAAGAAGUAUUUCAGUCAAGUAUCUGUCUUUAGUUUGUAUGUUUUCCUGCGUAAGAUUGCCCAGGUACAUUACUUUGAAGGUCAUGGGGAGCUUGUAACCUAAUAUUUUUCUUAUUCCUUUGCUUAUUUCUGCCUAAUAGUUAGUUAUUUUGUUGAAGCACCAAAAGAUAUGGGUAUGAUCAACAUCCUGUUCUCCACAGUUUCUCCAACAGGGCUGUGGGACCUGCAGAGUUUUUUUCUUUAUACUUGGAGUGGUGAAGAGUCUGAUGAUGUUUUCCAGCAGAAUUCCCUCCAGUGUCUAGAAUUAGAAGUCCUCAUCUGAGUCCUGCACAUAUUAUACCAUUCUUUUUUCAGUUAUUUCCCUCUUAAUAUGCGUAACCCAUUUAUCUCUUAUGUACAGAGUCCGUUGAUUUUAAAGACCUUAGAUUUUAAACAAACUGGAUUAUAUCAAUCAGCCCAUAGAUUGGUCUCAGUUUGCUCUAACUUUUCAUUUAAGUCUCACAGAUUUUAUCAGUGUAUCUGAAAAAUAAACUUUUGGUGGCGUCAGAAACUCAUUAAAAAGUUAUCAGAAAACCUCAGGCUCUUCUAAUGACCUAGAAAAAAAAGAACAUUUUGUGACAGCAGGAUAAAAAUAUUAACAUCUUCUUUCCAUAAUUGCAAACCUGGAGCGAUCUGAUUUAUGAGCUUGUUCCCAUUAUUUUAAAGGUAUCAAAGAAUGUAGCAGCAGCAGCUUGUGUAGGAGCCAAAAAUCUGCACACCACCAGACCAUGGCUGCAGAAAACAGGUUUGUGUACUAAACUGAUAAUGUUUCCAGCACGGUUCUCAAAUGUGUCCAUCAUCAGACCUUCCUGAGUUAACAUGUUGCGUGUACUUAAGGCACCGCCGAGGUUUCAUCCAUUCUGGAGGAAAAGAUCAUGGGAGCUGACACCUCUGCCGACCUUGAGGAGACCGGCCGUGUGCUGUCCAUUGGUGAUGGUAUUGCUCGAGUUUACGGUCUGAGGAAUGUGCAGGCCGAGGAGAUGGUGGAGUUCUCCUCUGGUCUGAAGGUAAGCCUUAACCCAAUGCCACACUUCACCCGCAGAGUAAUUGUUAAGUAACUUGACUCAUAUUGAUUUGAACUGUAUUUCCCUGAGGUAGAUGAAAUUUUGUGUCGGACCCUUUCUUCCAUGUAAAGCAGCAUAUGUGGGAUUUAUUGGAUUCAUUUGGUUGAGGGGGGGAAAUGGUACUAAAUCCUUGUUUUUUGUCUCUUUUCCAGGGCAUGUCUCUGAACUUGGAGCCUGACAAUGUUGGUGUUGUGGUGUUUGGUAACGACAAGCUGAUCAAGGAAGGUGACAUUGUCAAGAGGACUGGAGCUAUCGUCGACGUGCCUGUCGGUGAGGAGCUCCUGGGCCGUGUCGUGGAUGCUCUGGGAAAUGCUAUUGAUGGAAAGGUAUAUGAUUAUUAUUAUCAUUAAAAACAAAAUAUCUGCUGCAGAAUUUAUUCAGCUGAAAUGAAGAUUUAAAGUAAAUCCUUGGAUUUUAGCUUUCUACCACCUCAAAUGUCUUUGCCACUGAAGUAUGUUUUUCCACUUAUUUUCAUUUAAGCUCGUUACAUUGUGCCAGUCCAGUUUUAGUAGGGCCCGACUGAUAUGGAUUUUUUUGGGCCAAUACCGAUUAUUCGGGGGGGAAAAAAUUUAGAUUCCUGAUUAAUCGGCCGAUUUUUAAAAUUUUUUAUGAAGUUAUAUAAAAUAUAUAUAUAUACUGUAGAUAUCUACAGUAUAUAAUAUACUGUAGAUAUACUGUUGGCUACUGCUCUUCAUGCUGACAGGAAGACCGACUGAUCAAACUCGGACCAGAAAAGCGUUUCCCCGCCGAUCGGUUCCUCCGUGUCUUAACUCACGUUACUCAUUUCCGGUUUGGUCUCAUCUGGAGACAUGCAGCUGCCUCAGUAAGAGAAGUAGCUCGAUCACGUAAUAUGUACUGUUGUUUAUUCUACCGUUACUGGCACGGCUAACAGGGUAGCAAGGCUAAUAGCAGGUGGCUAACUCUAACUUUAGCUUGCAUAUUACAUGGUGCUUCACCGUUAACUUAGCGUGACCGAGACCAGCACAGUGGGGAACAUCGUGAAGUGGGUUGAACUGAAACUUGUUGACUUAUUGUGUAUUUCACAAACUGGUUUAUUUACCGUUGAGGUGGACCACUCUCCUCCAUGCGUCCCUGAGCUGCCUGCUGCAGAUCCGUCACUCUGCUGUGCUGUGAGGUAGUUAGUGGAUCAAGACUGUCAUGAGGUCGCUGCGCCAUAUACUGGAUAACUUUUCAAUUGGCGGAACAUUUUUGAAGUGAAACCGAAUCUUUUUCUCCGCAUUUUAUUUCUGAAAAUUUUGGCGAAGUUCGGUGAGUUUUGGCCGAUUACCGAUUAGUCUGAAACGGGCUAAAAUUGGCCGAUUCAAUUGGCUUGCCGAUAAAUCGGUCGGGCCCUAAUUUUUAGAUUGGGAAAUUGCAAGUAAUGUGAUGAAAUUAACAUGCAAGAUGCAAUUCGUCAUCGAACUUAACAUGACAACAAAUAGAAAAUGGAUAGACAGCCUUAAGUGAAGUUAAAUGGGAAAAAAAACUUGCUGUGGGGCUGUGAUACUAAAUUGACUCUGAAGUGGUUUUACAGUAUCAUGCCUUUUUGAUCACAUAGUUUGUUGCCAAAUUGUCUGAGCUUCUGAUCUUUUUGUUCUCGUUUUCCUCAAAGGGCCCUCUGGGCUCCCAGACCCGCAGGCGUGUGGGUCUGAAAGCCCCAGGCAUCAUCCCCCGCAUCUCUGUGAGGGAGCCCAUGCAGACUGGCAUCAAAGCCGUGGACAGUUUGGUCCCCAUCGGUCGUGGGCAGCGUGAGCUCAUCAUCGGCGACAGGCAGACAGGGUGAGAGGACUCUGCUCAAAGUGAAUAGCUGAACACACAACAGCGUUUGAUGUUAUUCCUGGUGCCUUUGAAAUACUGUUAAAACAGGGGAAGAGCUAGAACUGACAGCGGGCGGGAUGAUCAAAUCAAUAUUGCAUGAAAUCAUAAUAAAUAUGUACUAGAUUUAAGCGGUAUUUUGUCUGAAGCACAUAGUGUCACUUUUAAACAGAACAGUUUUAGGCCCUAAAUAAGAAAUAUGUUUCCCAAAGAGAAAAACCCUCUUCAGAGAUCUUUUUCACGUUUUCAUGAAUUAAACUCAAGAUUAUUUGGCCUCAAACUCACUAUGUAGAUCCGUACCUACAUGGUGUUUACGCUUUUGAUUCGUGUUGCAGCAAAACUGCCAUUGCUAUUGACACAAUCAUCAACCAGAAGCGUUUCAAUGAGGGCACCGAUGAGAAGAAGAAGCUGUACUGCAUCUACGUCGCCAUUGGUCAGAAGAGAUCCACCGUGGCUCAGCUGGUGAAGAGGCUGACUGACGCAGACGCCAUGAAGUACACCAUUGUGGUGUCUGCCACUGCCUCUGAUGCUGCCCCGCUGCAGUACCUGGCUCCAUACUCUGGCUGCUCCAUGGGAGAGUACUUCAGGGACAAUGGGAAACAUGCCCUCAUCAUCUACGACGAUCUGUCCAAGCAGGUGAGGAGAUGAUGAUGAAAGAGACAAAACCAUUUUCUUUCUAUAAUUUCAUUACGGCUGCUUAAUGACAUUGCUUAUUGAAUUAAUAGUCAAGAAAACCCAGAGUUUUUAUGCAGCAAUGCAAGAGCAACAUUAAGGCAGGCUCUCAACUUCUAAAAAUGUCCUAAUAACUUCAGUGUUCAUUUUUAAAAGCAGAUUUUGGGGCCCCACUGGAGGGAAUAAAAUAAGAUCUCGAGAGUAAAGUCAUGAAUUGCUGAGGAAAAGUAAUAAUAUGAGAACAAAGGCAUACAUUUGUGAAACUAAAGUAUUGAAUUUAUGAGAAAAAAGUAACAAUUUUAGCCCGAGGUUAGUUUUUUAUUGGGAAGGGAAAGAUUAGAAGAGCAGCUGGUCUAUAAUAACUACUAGGCAGCCUGUGCACACAUCUGCAAUCUCUGUUUGUCCUCAGCCGUUGAAUAAAACUUCAUCAGAUGGGCCGUACUCUUCAUUUUAGUUCAGGUGCCGAGUUGCUCUUCUACUUUUCUCCUUCAUAUUAUUUUCCAAACCCUUCAAUCACUACUUAACUCUUAGAAAAUUAUUACUUCACCCUGAAAGAGGUACAGUGUGUAGAAAUGGUAAUAUUUACAAAUAGGUAGCUGUUGAAUUCUACAUUGAAACCCUCCCUUGCUCACCCCUCCCUCAGUGGAGUGACGGUGGCCUUCAAGGACAAGAAGCUCCAGUGAUGCAUAAGAAGUAUAGUCCUUUAAUUUUCACAUUUUUAACAUCUAUCAGUACACAUUUUUUUGCACACAGUUCUUCCUCUUCUAAAAGAUGCAAUUCCUGCAGCUAUUGACUAAAUACAAAAUGAUGUUACUUGUUUGUCUGUUUUGUGGCUGUGCAAGAUGGCAGCCUCCAUGGAAGGUGACCCAUGGCUAUUUAGACAUAAAUGACUUGUUCUGAGUGAACAAAGCUAAAACUAUGUUCAUUUUCAGGUGAUAAUCCACUCAUUUAAACAUCUUUAUGAAUAUUAUGUUCCAGGUCUGUUCAGCUAAACUCUGCUAAAUAUUACACACUGUACCUUUAAGUCUUGUGAUUCUUUUGGAGUCUUGCAAAUUCAUAACUUUAUUCUUGGAAAUUUAAUGAACCCAAGACCUGUUUAUCUUACAGCUUAAGCUUGUAUAAUCAAAAUGUUAUUCUCAUAAUAUUAAUGAUAGUUUGACAAAUGUGGCUGACCAAAUUUUUAAGGUUGAUAAAUUAUUAGUCAUCGAUAGUCAUCAGCUGGGCUAUCCCUCUGGAAAUAAGGCACAAAGGAAGUAAACACAGAAAACUCAUGUCUCAAAAAGUUUCUCCAAAAAAAACCCCCCAUCUGAUUUAAAAACAACCCCACCCUAAACAAACAAGUUUUAACAAUAAAAUGUUUCCUGUUUUCUGCAGGCUGUCGCCUACCGCCAGAUGUCCCUGCUGCUGCGUCGUCCCCCUGGUCGUGAGGCUUACCCCGGAGACGUCUUCUACUUGCAUUCCCGUCUGUUGGAGAGAGCUGCCAAGAUGAACGACAACUUCGGUGGCGGCUCCCUCACAGCUCUUCCCGUUAUCGAGACACAGGCUGGAGACGUAUCAGCCUACAUUCCUACCAACGUCAUCUCUAUCACAGACGGACAGGUGAGGGUGAUACUUGCUUAAUCUCAUAUAUUAUCCUGAACACAACACUUAAUCCCGUUUUCUCACUCUCACAGAUCUUCUUGGAGACUGAGCUGUUCUACAAAGGUAUCCGUCCAGCCAUCAAUGUGGGUCUGUCUGUGUCACGUGUCGGAUCUGCUGCCCAGACCAGGGCCAUGAAGCAGGUAAACCAUCCUCGUAUUCACCAGUUUUUCUCCUUGAACUGUGAAUUCACAGUUCAUUGAGGUUGAACUGAGGUAGGACUGACUGUCUCCUGUGUGUCACCAGGUUGCUGGUACCAUGAAGCUGGAGCUGGCUCAGUACCGUGAGGUUGCUGCCUUCGCUCAGUUUGGUUCAGAUCUGGAUGCCGCCACACAGCAGCUGUUGAACCGUGGUGUUCGUCUCACUGAGCUCCUUAAACAGGGACAAUACUGUGAGUAUCUAUGAUUUAGAAGAACAACUUUCUUGCUGAGCUUCUCCUUUCAGAAACUGUAUCCUUUUUGCAAGCCUCUUAUGACUUUAAGAUUGUUUACCUUCAUUUUUAGCUCCAAUGGCCAUUGAAGAACAGGUCACAGUUAUCUACGCUGGUGUGAGAGGACACCUGGACAAAAUGGAGCCCAGCAAGAUCACAAAGUUUGAAAAGGCUUUCCUGCAGCACAUCCUGAGCCAGCACCAAGACCUGCUGGCUGCUAUUAGGUGAGUCAAAUAACCUCUAGGAAACUAUUCAUAAUUUGCUUCUCUGUUUUUUUUUUUCUUUUCAACCAAUCUCCAACCUUUUUCUUGCAGGGCUGACGGUAAAAUCUCUGAGGCGUCUGAUGCCAAGCUCAAGCAGGUGGUGUUGAAUUUCCUCUCCAGCUUCGAGUAAAGUGGUGUGGUUGUUUUCAUGUUUGCUCAGUGCAGCGUCAGUUUAACUUUCUAUGAACUUUAAAAAGGAACUCAAGUGGCACUUGAACUUAAAUGUACAGAUAAAUGUAACAGAAAAUAAAGUAUUAAAACACGAGUGGGAUUUGUUCCUUUUUUUGUGGUGACAGCAUGUAAUAGAGUACAUGGUAGAAAAGUAUCACCCUGCAAUUUUAAUCUUAAGACCAAACAAAAAGAUGAAACCUGAGCUGGUAUCCCUGGAUAAAGGACUCUUAUUGAAUGUUGAUUUAUUUAUUUUCAUUACUGAUCACAAACAGAGUGACCUCUGCUGGUGAGGAACUGCUCAGACCUGAUACAGAGAGGUCCUGUUCAGCUGUGUUGAUGCAGCUAAAAUAAAGAUACCAGUGUCUAUGCAUCUUGUAUAACAAUACUCAAAUUGGUGGUCCUGAAAAGAUAAGUGACCAAGAAGCAUUUAAAUGAAAUUAAAAGAAAUCUUUAUUGAGUGAUGUAAACAAAAUUUGUGAACACAAAAUGUUAGAUGUGAUUCUUUGCUCAUGAAAUAAACAAUAAGUCUAACAGUGACUAUUACAAAAAGUGAAAAAGUGCAUGAUUCAUAUUUAACAUCUAAUGUGAGCUGCAAGUAUUAAGACAAUAUGAUCAAAUUCAGUGGCAGAGUGCAUUUUACAUAAACAAUUAAAGUGUUAACAUGUAAAGUCAGUGAUAAUCAGUGAGACUAAUUUACAAAAAACAAUAAUAUAAAUAUAUUAAAAUAUGCUUUAAAUAAAUAAGAGAAAAUAAACACUAAAAUGACUCAUUACACAGACAAAUCAGACCCAGUACUGUUUAGUGUGCAUCACAGGUCUGUGGUGUUUGUGUUUGGGUAAGGUGUUCUGUUUGACGUAGCACGGGUCGUAAUAAUCCCACUCCAGGGCUGAAGACAGAACCCCGUUAGACAAACCAUCACUGUCUGCAGAAAGAAUCCGCAGGGACACACCUGAGAAGAAACCAGAGUGAAUAUUCAAACAUGAUACACUAUCAGGUAUCAUCUCCUUAGCUAAUCUUCAGUUUAUUCUACAAAUAAAGGGUAAACAUAAAAUGCUUUCUAAGUAACAGGAACGUUAAUCUACACUGUGUUUUGAAGGUCUGAAAUUACUAGAUUGAAUUUGCAUAAUAACGCUAACCUACAUGCUGACGGUCAAAUAUCCAAAUUAAAGCGGAUGUUAGAAACUUUGUUUUGGUUUGUGUCCCCAUUAGACAAAAAUGUACAUCUUAUCACUUCACUGAUCAGUGUGUGCAGACCAGGGUAGUAUCUUCUGACCAAAAAAAAAUACAACCUCUCUUUUAACAGUCAAAUGUGUCACUUUAUGUGAAUAUUUGCUGUUAAAAGUGUAAAAAAAGGCUUUUAUAAAAUCUUGUCUGACACCUACCCUCCUACAGCAAUUUUUGCGACCAAAAAUAACCAUGAAGAACUUUUUAUAUUGUUGCUCAUGGUCCUGUUUGGCUUUUUAAGCCAUGGAGAGCAAAACAAAGUGCAAAGCAAAUUUUGAGUAGAAGUGGUUCUCUAAACAGAACUGGUCUGAGUUUCUUUUUCCAAGCUUUCGCAAGCAACUGCAUCGAUGCAAAGCAAAACAUGUUUUCGGGCAGAUUCAAGAGACAGCUAAACAUUAUCACCAAUGUAUCUGUGUCUGUUGUUUUAGUAUUUUCACACAGUAUCUCCUACCCUGCCUUUUUCUGUUUUGGCAGUCAGCUACAGCGGUAACAUUACUUAUUAAUGACAGCUGUAUCGAUCGCAGUGCAGCUGCUGCAGACUGAUUCAUACCUGCACUGGCUCCAAAGUCACUGUCAAGUCCAGGACCCACGGCAGAUGUGUUCGGGCAGGAUGUCACUGAGGGUGGGUUGGUGUACUCGCACUCCAUGGCAACUUUGUCAAACACAUGAACCGCAACAUCUGGACUCACAUCUGUCAGCAUGUCAUAGGCACUGCAGCGGCGAAUGUGACCACCAUGCUCUGUCUCCUGCUGUAAACAAAUGAGAAAAAAUGUACAUCGAAUAUUUGUAAGUUAUUUUUCACAGGCUAAUUUUGAAUGGGAAAGUUUUAAUGUUACUUGCAUGUGUAAAAACUUAACUCUGUAGAGUUAAAACUUGACACUUUAUCAUGUUAUCACCCGCUCAACAAAAACGCCACAAAUAAUGCUCAGAACAGCACCUAACUUCAUCAACAGCACAUAUAGGGUCCCAGCCACAGCACUAGCCACCUAACAUGUUUUUAACUUUGCCUAAUUUCUUUAGCAAAGAGACUAAACACAACUCACCCACUCUCUUCCAGCAGCUGCUUGUUUGUAGAGAGACCUCAGACCAGUCCAUUACAGACUACAGCGGGGUGACGCAGCUCAAGGAAGAACAUUUAUGAUCAUUUAUUCAUGGAAAUGCAAUCAGAUUGAGACGCUAAGGCAGAAGAACAACUGUGUCUGCAGUGCAAAAUGAUAAAUAUGGUGAUUAUUACUUCAAGGAAAUUACAAAGAAAUAAUCAUAAAUGUCUGAAUUUGUCCUACUUUCCCUUUAUGCCAUUUUCAAUUAUACAACACAGUUUCUUACUCUACACUCACUAGUUGUAAUUCAGGGGUUUGAAGUGAAUGCAAUCAAACCGACACCACUACUUUGUGGUUAUUAUGUAAUGAUGUAUUGUUGAAUGGUCUUGAGCAGAGAGAUACUGAAGUACAAGACUUAAAGCCUCUGUAAGAAGAUAGAUUUUUUUGCUUAUGAAACAGGGUGAAAUUAACAGUGAUUCAUCAACGUGACCUACAAAAGCAACAGGGUACUUUUUUCAUAGCCUGGCCGGGCCAUCCUGUUGCGUGAAUCACUUGCCGUUCCUUCCCACAACAGUCUGGACUUCGGCCCAUUGGGAGCUUGUUUUAGAAAUCAGAAAAUAACCGGGCCAAUCAGUGACUGUGUUUCCACUGUUCCCCGGACAACAGGGAAAGGCAGCCCCUGAUUGGUCCAUGUGUAGAUGGUGACGUCUAACACAUGCUACGGGAUUUUUCAAAGCGCCGUUCAUUCAGAACGCCGUUAAUUCUGCCGUUGACUUUGCAAAGUCGGCAGAAAUCGUUUAUAUCCGCAGAAGAAAGCAAACCUUUACUUGAUGCUUGAGAGCCCAGCGGGGAACACAGUUGCGCACUGUGAUGACGUCAGAUGUUUGGUUACGGUGAUUGGUUACAGCAGUUUGUCUAUCAAGGAAAGUACUUUUAGGGUUCCCAAUUGGCCGAAGUCCAGACGGCUGUGGGAAGUGAUUCACGCAACUGGAUGGCCCAGCCAGGCUAAUUUUUCAUGGAAAUGCGAUCAGACCGAGACACUAAGGCAGAAGAACUACUGCGUCUGCAGUGCAAAAUGGUUAAUAUAGUGAUUAUUACUUCAAGGAAAUGAUAAAGAAAUGAUCAUAAAUGUUCUUCCUUGAGCUGCGUCACCCCGCAGCAGUUGAUGGACUCACCCAGAGGUCUCCGUACAAACAAGCAGCUGCUGGAAGAGAGUGGGUGAGUUGUGUUUGGUCUCUUUGCUAAAGAAAUCAGGUAAAAUUAAAAAGAUGUUUGGUGGCUAGUGCUAUGGCUAGGACCCUAUAUGUACUGUUGAUGAAGUUAGGUGCUGUUCUGAGCUUUAUUUGUGACUAUGGAGUGGUGUUUUGGUUGAGCGCGUGGCUCUCUGUAUUGCUAUCUGUGGUCAUUACUUAAGUUGGUAUAACUAGAGUAGCAAGCGGUCUGCAACAUUCAUCUCUCGAGGGGAGGUCUAACUUGCUGUUACAGUGUGUUUGACCCUAAAUUAAUUCUAUGCCGGAAUAUCCAUUUAACUAUUUAUAGUGAUUGAGAGUCAAAGGGGGGCAGCAGCUAAUUUUUGCCCCAGACCCCUGAAAAAGGAUGAUCCGGCAAUGCUGUUAAGUAGGCCUACAUGUUCCAGAAGUUCAUCCUGUUUAGCAUCAGAAUAAUAUCCUAAAUUAUCUAGAUAUGAUUAAAACUAAAGAGAAAAUCACUCAACUUUUCACAAACUACAGUUGUUUACUGUUAAAUCAGUUGCAGGCCAAACGAACUCACCUGCCUGUUUUGACCACCUACCGUAGGAGAGUUUGGCGGGACCAGGUUCACUCUGGUCUCGGUCUCUGAAUCACUAGACUGCGGUAAAACUGGAGCACUUUUACACCAGCCUGCCUUACUGAUGCUGUGAGCCCGUAAACCAGAUCCUGGGUCCAGUCUUGGGGUGAAACCAGCCGCAGAGGAGGUGGCCCGGAUGGUGCUCGGUGCCCUCAGAGACCCUGACCCCGUGGCACCGUCUGGCCUGAGGAGCCGGAUCCUCUGAUCCACCCUGCUGGCCCUCUCUCUAGAUGAAGCCCGGGAAGAGGUGACAGGAUGGAGCAGGGCUGGUUCUGAUAGAGACAUGUACGCUCUCCUCCCGUCCUGCAGAGGUGGAAAAACCGAAUCGGAAACUCUCCCGACUCUAUGCAGGGUGGACUGCAGAAGCAUCUCCUCUGUAUCCUCUCGCUUUUGUCUGCUGCAGUUUUUCUUGGACAGGAUCAGGAACUUGUAGCCCAGAAACAGACAGUUGAGCAGCAGCAGAAUGACCACACAGGGUAUGAGCAAAAGCACCACUAAAGUCAGGUUAGUCACAGGGUAACCUUCAGUCAGAUUUGGUGCUGUGGUCUGACUUAUCUGCGACAUUUCAUCCCACACAACAUAGAGGAUGCUUGUUGAAGAAUUGCUGAUCUCAACUGAGAAUUCACGAUUGUGUCUGAAUGCACAGGUGGGCUGCUGUGUCAAUCAAUGUGGACUACUUUGUGUUUGAGCGUCUCUUUUCCUCCUAAAAUCAACAUGUCAGCCUGUCUCUGAAAUGUAAUCGGCCUCCAAAUGUUGAUGCUUUCUUUAAACCUUCCCCUCAUCAUUGCAGGCUGUCGGUGUUUACCGAGCAAAGGCUUGUUGUGUGAGACGACUUUGAAAGGCAGCCACGUGGAUUACACAGCAACAGGUGCGUCCUAUUAAGUGCAAAAUGCCAUUGCGUACAAUGACGGCUAGAUGGCAGCAUUUGUCAGAUCCUGUAUCUUGACAUCUCUCUGUAGUGAUGAUUUUAUGUUCUGAAUAGUAAUUUUUAGGACUGCAAUGCUGGGUAUUUUUCUGUUGUAGUUCACCUGUUUAGGUAAAUAUAACAUUUUAAGUCCACUUAUAGAGCUUUCGCGGGACUUUCUUACAAAGUGUGCUCAUUACUUUUAUGCCCCACUCAUGAGGUUGUGGACUCACGCAUGUGGAUUUGUGUAGUCUAUAUUACAACCACUUCUCCACAAUCUAAGACCUUUCUAACUCACAUGUUUGCUACAGACUCUAAUAGAUAGCUCAAAGGUUUCUAGGCACAGACAGGAACACACAACACUUCUUGACCUUGACAUUCAGGGAUCUUGUUGACACAUAUACUGAGAUAAAUGAUAUAGGGGAGACAGGGGCUUGUUGUCACACUUUUUACACUCUUAUAUAUUUCUUGGAAUCAACACAUCAUAUGUAAACAAAAUGUGUACCAGAUGAAAGACCAAAGUCUCAGGUACAUAUUUCGUAUUCAUGUCAUUUUCAUAUCUUGUGUCAGUGCAGAGUUAUGAGCAAUUAAAUAGAAAGUGUGAACAUGUGACAUGUUGCCCCACCAUUGGGUAAGUUUUCUCACUAUAUGGGGUAAGAUGUCACAGUGGAUUUUGUAGCUAAUAAAACAAGGACAAAAUUAGUGUUGUUCUAAUUUCUUUACUUGAAAGUGAACUUCAAAGUCAGAAAGAAAUGGUUUAUUAUUGAGCUAAAGAAAAAGUCAUUGAACAAUCGUUAACAUAAAAUAUUAUGCAACAUGUUCAGGAGUUUGGAGAUCUGUCUGACUCUGUAUUUUGGCUGGGGUGAAUGUUUUGCAGUACCGAGCCAAGGUAUGGUAGCUGACAUUAAAGUCCUUUACUGUAAGAAGCGUAAGAAGAGAAAGCGUAUUUUAAAAUAUAUGAAGUUAAUUUUUUUUAUUUUGGGUUGUGCAAAAUGGUGAAUUGGCGCUCGUCUCAUAAUGUGCUCUUCUCUUCUCAGACAGGUCUCAACCCCUGACCAUGUAAAGGAGGAAAACUAGUAUUCCACUUUUUAGUUGCGCCCUCUGGUGGCAAACAUAAUUGCGAUGUGACCAUAGACUGUAUAUAGAAUGGACAGCGUCUGCCUCCUUGUUGGGUAAAGCCACUCCGAGAACAGCGCCCUCUGAUGGUGGGCUGCAGUAUAGGUCAUAAAUCCCGCCUCCGCCAGCAAAGCUUAUGGGGCUGUGGACAAACUUUAGAAAUUUAUUACACAGAAUAUACAUUUUUCUCCUCCCUAGUUGUGAUGUUGACAUGUAGUUAUUGUAAUACUGGUUUGUGCUCAAGUCGUCCUUUUUCUGUAAAGCUCUGUUUUUAAAAGUUAUUAGGGGGUUCAUGUUUUCUUUGAUUGACACCUGAUACGGCCUAUUGGCGUUCAGGGAUUGCGGAGCUCACCCGGGGGAUACACUGUUUUAGCCGAGCGUCAUCACAGCGACUCUUGGAGACUCUCCUGCCGAAUGCGCACAACACUACUGUGCAAUGCUGGUUUAAGGAAAUGAAGAAAAAUCCCAGAAAUACCGAGAGCUUUUUGGCUUCAAAUCCGUAUACAGCAGGAAGGCGGAACCAAGUUGUCCAUAGUAUAAACAGUCUAUGGAUGUGAUAACUUACCCAUGUGACAACAAGCCCCGGUCUCCCCUACAUAGGGUUUAAUAAUAAUAAUAAGAUCCAGUUCAGUUCGUGCAUAUAGACACAGGUCUCCCCGAACCCUUAAGUCAAGGAGUUCCUCAAGGUUCACAGCUUGGACCUAUUUGUUUCAUCUGAGAUGUGCUUUGUUAUUCAAACAAUACCCAAUCAUGCUUGUCAGUGAAGCUGGAUGAAGUCACUGGUUUGGCUAAACUCACAACAUUUCAUAAGGACAUAAACUGGAUGAACAAAAUGUUCCUGCAUUUGUCAAAACUGAACUUUCUGUGUCUAGCUCUGAACACCUCAGAGAUUUGUUUUGCAGUGAUAUAACUGCCUUGGAUGGCAUCAGCUUGGCUCUCAGCUCUGCCAUCAUAAACCUGAGGGUUAUUUUUGUUCGUGAUAUGUCCAACUCCUUCUUUCAAAAACAAGUUAUUGACAGCCUUUUAUUUCACUAACAUUGGCAAAAACAGGUCCAUCAUGAUUCAUAAUGGUGUUGGAAAACAGUGCAUUUGGACUUCUAGGCUGGAUCAUUGCUAUUCAUUAUUAUUCUGCUGCUUUAGCAAAACUCUUUAGACUCUUCAGAUGGUCCAAAAUUCUGCUGUACUUGUACUGACAAGAACUAAGAUCAUGGAUCAUAUUUCUCUGAUAUUAUCCCCUCUACAGAGGCAUUUUAUAGUUCAUCCAUAUAGACUGCAAGUGGACUUGUGUAGUCCACUUCUAUGAAGAGUUUUAAGUGCUUGUAGUCCAUUUAUUUUGUUUUUUGAGGACUUUUUCCACCAACGUUUUUGUUUUGAGGACUUUGAAGUCCACUUAUGUAGGCUUUUUAGGAGUUUGUAGUCCAUGUAGAUCUUUUUUGAGAACUUUUAUGCUACAUUUAUUUCAUUGUUUGAACACUUUAGUCCAUUUAUUAUAUUUUUGUGGAUUAGGUAGUACAUAUAUUUUGAUUUGAGUACUUUGAUUGUUAACCUUUUCAUCAUGUGAGGACUUUUUAGUCCACUAGUUAAACUUCUAUUGUUCAUUUCUUUCUUUGUAAUACACUUUGUUAUCAGGACUUUGUCGUGAUUGGUUAUGUAUUUCAGUACUUUAUAUACCCUCUAUUUUGGGUACCUCAUAAUCUACUUGUUUUGUUUUGUUGACUUUGCUGUCAACUUAUUUUAGGACUUUGUGUUCCACUUAUUUGUUUUGUGGACUUUGCCUGUCAAUCAUUUGAGGAUUUUGUAAUCCACACAUUUCCUUCUCAGGAUUUAACAGUCCACUUAUUUUUAGGAUGUAGUAAACUACUUAUUUCUCUUUUGAGAACAUUUGUAGGCUAGUCAGUUGUUUUUCUGAUGAUUAGUUUUCCACUUGUAGUGUUUUUAAGGACUUUGUUGACCACUUAUUUUGAUUAUUGCAAGACUCUGGUAGUCAGUGUUGAUAUGUUUGACAUGUUUCUGGUCACAAUGAACAGUGAAGAGCAGAUGUUAAAUUCACAUUUUUUUUUAUUUUCAUGCUUUCAAACUUGUCUCCAUCAGGUAAUAACACAUCAUUGCUCAGAAUAUAUACAAACAUUUUCAAAUAAUUCAAUAGAACAUUUGACAAAUGAAUCUCUCUUAGAGACAAUGUGUUUGCAUUUUGCACACAAAGUAGAUCUUUGCACACAAGUAUGUUUUGCUAUUGUAAUAAUUCAAUGCAAAAGUCAGUCAUAUGAUCACCAUAUAACUAUAGUAAAAAGGAUUAUAUUCUUCACAUUUUUUCUACCAUUCAGGUUUAAGGAAGUCUAUACAGACUUGAGUAGCACACUGAUAUCCUGCUAAAGGUUUUGCAAGUAUAACAGUACAGAUACGCUUUUCAUUCAAGUGAAAGGCUGUAGAGUCAAUGGAUGCCCUCAGAUACCAAAGACCCCAUUCAUCACUUCUGAACUCUCGUCUCUCAUUCGGCAUCGUAGUUGUUGUGCAGCAUGCCGGCAGAAAGUCUCCUCUCUGAACUACAACUCACUAAAGUGCUGCUUGCCUUUUCCAAACACAAGAGGUUGUGAGUGGUUGUGAUUUUAGCACCUCGGGCAAGGCUGUGUUUGUGAAUUGAUAGCAACAUACAGGCUUAAUUAAGCUGCGUUGGCGGAUUAAACGGGCUAACACUGGCCCAGGCUGUGCUUGAUGAUCUCGCGGGACUGAGGCGGGAUCCUGUCGGGGAAGAGCACUUUGAACUCCACCACCAAGUCGCCCCGCUGAGAUGGGCUCUUGGGCAGAGGCAGACCUUCACCCCUGAGCCGCCGUACAGCACCAGGUUUGAUGACAUCGCUGCAUGGGAGCGGCAUCAUCCUGUUGUCAAGUGUUGGGACGUUAACAGUGCAGCCGCAGAGAGCCUGGAGAGGAGAAAAAAAAAGGAGAAUUUGAGUUUUGUAGAUCAGGUAUAUUUAGAAACAGUUUCAUAAUGCAUACUGAGUGAUCUGACUGGGCUCGAGAACACUUGGAACAAUGAGAAAAAUCAAUUAAAUGCCAGGUCUUGAAAUGUGUCAAGUUACGUAAGUGAUAAAUAUGGAGCGUCUGUCUUUCUUUUGAAAGGCACUACCAUUUUUCUGUGUUAUGCAAUGAACCUGUGUUACAGAUGUUAUAAUCGUUGCUCUAUUUCCUGCCUGUGUGUGGGAGUUAAGUGCUUCAGUGACUGAAAGGAGCCACAGGAAGAUGGAGGAGCACUUUGAAAUGCCAGUCUCCGUGACUGCUGCCCUGCUAAUCUGUGUGUGGGAUGGCUGAAGUGAGAGCCAGCGACAUAGUGAGCCAAAAAAGCUGCCUCUCUGCCUGCCUGCCUUGUUAAGGCACAGGAGUCUGCGGCACACAUAGUGGCUGAGAGGGAGAGUGAAGUGUGAUUCGUGGGGGCAGUUGGAGCUGUGGCUAUAUUUAGCUCCCGCUCCAUCGCACUCUGCAGGGGCUGAUGAGGUAAGCGAGGCGUUGGCAGGCUGCUGCUGCUGUUCUGUUAGUGGGGGUCUGCCAGCCUCAUUAAAACUUGGGGCUUUUCUCCCCCAAACUGAACACUGCGUUCUGUUUCAGGACUGGGUUCAAAGAUUUAAACCCCCACAAAAUUUGGCUGAAGCAGAACCUUCUGGCCGUGUCUUAUAGACGCUUCUCUGAAAUCGAUUUUCUUUGUUUUGUCAGUGAAUGCAUCAUUCUCCAGUUAUGUAAAGGACUAGAAAAGGUGGUUGGAUCAGAGCCUUUUUUUCUGUGUAGGUGUAAGCAGCUGGCAAAUGACAUAGUAUUUCUACUUAUAGAGCAGCCCAGUGUUUCAUAAUGAAUCAUUCAUGUUGUCAGUGCUGAUGGCCUCUGUAGGAGUCCAACUCCUAACCCUAAUUGACCUGUAAACUUGCUGUAAGUGCACCAAACUCACCUCUUUGAGAGUAAUCUUGGCUGUGAAGACGAUGUUGGAGCCCUCCCUCUUGUACUGGGUGUGCUCCUUGUCCCUGAGGAUGAAGGUGAUGUCUGCAGGGGUGCUGUUUGGCGUCUCGUCUCCCUCCCUGGGGAAAGUGAUCUUGGUGCCGGCCUUCCAGCCUUUCUUCACCACCACGUUCAGCACUUUGUCUUCAGAAUGCAUGCUACGCCCGUCAGGGUUAAGGCGACGUCGGGUGAUCUUCACAUGCUUGGUGCAGCCUUGCAUCACCUCCUCUAAGGUCACUUGCAAGUCGUGGACCACCUCUUUGCCCUGCAGCCGACGCUGACCUCUCCUCAGCCCGCCCUCGCCGCCGGCGUACCCGCCCACGUGGCUGAAGGUGAAGCGCCUGAAGGGGUUGAAGAGGUCAUCCUCGCUGUCAGUGUCAUUGGUGAAGUAGAUGUCAAAGUGGUCAGAGCCGUGGAAGAAGGAGGAGAAAGUGGCGUGGGGGUCACCAUGGAAGGUAUUGCGGAAAACGUUGCCUUGGCUCGCCAUUGACAUCCCACUUUUAAGGCCUGGAAAUCAAAAAGAAGAUGAACAAGUUUAGCCAAACCCUCACAAGAAGACUGUUAAAUUUUUAGGAAACUUCUUCAUUGCUCUCUGAAUAAUUCAUCAGCCCCACAGCUGUUUAUGCCAAAUAUAGAUAAUUUAAUAGAAGUGGAAGUGUUUUAGCUAUGCUCUCCCACCUCACAUCAGCAUUUAGCAUUGAUGAAAACAUGAAUUGUUAAUGCACCAGCCUAAGCUCCAGGAAUUAGCCUUCUGGCAGCUACUAUUUUAGUUGUUGAACUCACCUUCUUCCCCAAACUGGUCAUAGAUGCUUCUCUUCUUGGGGUCUGUCAGGAUCUCGUAGGCCUCUGCGAUUUCCUUGAACUUGUCCUCAGCGUCGGCGUCGCUGUUCUUGUCGGGGUGGAACUUGAGGGCCAUCUUCCUGUAGGCCUUCUUGAUCUCGUCUUCGUUGGAAUCGGGGGAGACGCCCAGGACCUUGUAGAAAUCUUUGCCUGUUGGUUUGAUCGACAGACAGGGUGUGUCCGGCUCUGUCUUGGUGCCUUCCUAUUUGAGAAAAGACAAAAGAAGAGUCAGGCUUUAGACCAUUUUGCUUUCCAUGUGUGCAUUCAUGAAUUACUUUCUUGCAAAUGUUUGAAAUCUUGUGCAAAUGCAAAAACCCUGCUCAUGAAUAACUUAAAGCUUAUGAUAUUCAUCCCUGAGCUAAACAGACUGCAAGGUUUAUAUCAUCUACACUUUGCUGCACGGUUUCUAUUAAUAUGCACAGAUUUAGCCCCCCAGCAGGGACGCUCUCUGUGGGAAAACACCCUUAUCUCUGUGCUGCUGCUGCAAAUCCAUGCAUCGCAUUUUAUGAGCUGAUGCACAACUCAACGUGAGAGAGAAGAGGGGAAAGGUGGGGGUGAGGGGGAAAAAAAACCUUCCCCCAAUCGCUUAGAUACUUUGCAGCGAUUGGCUGAACGCGUAUCUUCCAUAUGAAUGAAUCCAUAGCAGCAGCAGCAGACAGUUAAUGAUAAAUAAUUGCAAUAUUUGCCCCAGACAUUUUACGCACAGCCACAUUAAGUUGUAAUAAAUAUAUUAAAGCAGCAAUUAGUAAGCCAAUGUGAUAUUUAAUGUGUCAUUCAGUGAGUUUAAAAGCUUGAAGAAGCUGGAAUAAAACUUGUACUCACCGCUGAGGAAGACGAUCCGGAGCUGUCACCUCGGUGCAUAACCCGCACCUUGCACUUGACAUUAACAUUUUUGUGCUUGACACCGAACUGAGUCCAGAUAAGAACCAUGUUUAGAGUUGAGAAGUUGAAGUUGGUUGUUUUGUUUGGGCUACGUGUCGCUGUCCAGUCGCUCUGGUGCUGAAAAUCGCUCCUCGGCUCUUUGCGUUCCGUCCUGUCUCAGCUCUCCUCGGCUCUCUGUUAAAUACCGGCGCGGCAGCUCCUUUACUAUCCGCUCACCCACCCACGCAGCGUGAGUGAGCUUUCCCCGGCUCCGCCCAUUUCCUCACGCGCAGCAGGGGAUGCCGGUGCCCUCACUUCGGCUGCGCGAGAGGCCAUUGGUGCUCCGGCGAUGAUCACGCGGAUGUUGCAGCCUCCUUCUCCAUCUCGAGGCAGGUUUCCGGAGUUCUUGAAGGCAGAGCCGAGCAGACAGUCACGACACAGAAGCAGAGUGAUUUUUUUUUCACUUUUACAGACACACACAGUACAGAACAGAACAGAACAUCCAGACAUGUUUAAAAAGAUCCAGCUGGCUGCCUAGACAACCCCCAGACAGAACAUUAUGCUGUGAUGGAGCCCCUGUCCUUAAGUGACUGUCUGUUUGUUUAGAUAUGAGAGGCUUGGAUAACAACUCCACCAAACUCCUAUAUGGAUGAGUGCUCUUGUCCUGUCUUUGUUUUUUUCCUCUAUUUCAACAGGGUCAUGUCAGAACAGCUAUUUUUAGAAACCUAUUCUGCAGUGGUGGGCUACUCUUGUCCCCAAGUUACCAGACAUUUGAGGGAGCAAGUUAGGACAUGGGGAUCAGUAAGUGUUUGCAUAAUAGAGUCUGUAGUGUCUUGAAUGCACCUCAAAAAUAGCAUCUGCAGAGGUGGAAGUAUUUAUAGUCUUUAUUUAGCCUUAAUGAAAGUAAAUGGUGCACUCUAAAUCUUAGUCAUGUAAAAGCUGUGAGUAGGUUAUUCACAAAAUGUACAGACACUGUGCUCAAAAUGGCCCUUAUAACUGUUAGAUUGCAAAUAUUGGUGAACCGAAUGACAAGAAAAUGCAUUUCAACCACUGAAAGCUUAGAUGGCAAAUUAUUUCUGCUUUAAGGAUGGGGACCAACAAUUUGAUUUAAAAAAUGCUGUCAAGCCUAUUUCAUUAUCUUGAAAAACAACCUAAAACACCAACUGGGAUACCAUGAAAAUGUAAACAACCAAGAUAUUUGGUGGUUAAGAGAUCAUUCAAACCCCACGUUUGAUUAAAGGUCCUUACACACCGGGAGCGUUUUAACCGUGCGAUUAUUUCGGACGUCAAUAUUUUUUUUCGAACCCGUACCCUGUCAACACAAGCGUUCACAACAGCAACAUUUUCCUGUCCUGCGAUAUUGCGGCAUUACUUUUUUGGAUCACUUUGGAUCAUUUCUAGAGUUUUGCAUACUGUGUGUCCACUUCUGACCAAUUAGAUUUCGUGUUGUUGCGACGUCUGAUUCACCAGUAUAUCCAACAUGGCUGACCGGCUGAUUGUUUACGUGUCGGAGACCAGAGUGCUUUUUGAUAAAAGAACACAAACAUUACAAAGAAAACGACCUGAAGGAUAGUUUGUGUGCUUUAACAGUUUGCUAAACGUCUUUGUUUUAACUUUCAUCUGUGCUAAGUAACUUUAGCUCGUAAGCUAACCUGGUCAGAUAAAACAUACCAUAUGUAUUUUCACUGUCUCAAACUCAAUCGCGUUGCUGUCACAGCAACAUUAGGUCUCAGUUGUUACCUUACGUUUAUGGAUUAUAGUUUAAUGUGCUUAUCUGCUACUGGCCCCGACUCAGUACAUGCUAUCAUGACAGACAGCCAUCUCAACACAAGUGUCUAAUCAGAACUGAAAAACAGUCAGUCUGGUGUUGUGUCAGUCUUCUUGCUUCCACCUUAGACGCGUCUUUUUUCCCCCCGGAAAGUCGCAAAAUUGAUCGGGCUUGAUGUGUAUAGUCAGGCGCGUCAAAAUUCGCCUCUGAAUAUUUCAUAAUUUCGCGUCGUAUAUUUGGUGUGUAAGGGCCUUUAGAAAAAAAUGGUCUGAAGACAUCUCAACUGUCUCAUUUUAAAUUUGAUGGCAGCAACAUGGACAAACUGGUGAAAAGGCUGGCUCUGUGGUUGGAUUCAAGCUGGACUCAGUGGAGGAUGUGUUGGAGAGAUCUACACUGAGGAAGGUGGAGACUAUUCUCAAGAACAUGGAUCACCCACUUCGCAACACCUUGAUCGACCAAAGGGCCAAUGGUGGUGGAUGGCUCCUCUCUCUUUGCUGCAGAACAGAAAGAUUUAGAAGAUCUUUUGUACUCACAGUAGUCAGACUUUACAACUGUUCCGUAAAUAGUAGAUGACUUUUAGAGACAUGACAAAUGAGACAACAGACAAUUGAUUUUCCCUGAAUGUCGGGGAUUAAUUAAGUUCUUCUUCUUCUUCUUUUUCUUCUUCUUAUGUUUCAAAGAGGUUGGGGAAGGCAUGUUUAUUGUUGUGUUUCAUCACUUCUUCAUAUUACAACAAUCUAUUAACAUUUGGGGACUGUUUUUUGGAGUGAAAUCUUUCCCUAUUCGUGCAAGAUUUCAUGUAAGAUUUCAGCUGCUCAACAGCUCAGGGUUUUCUUUAUUGUGUUAGUCACGAGUGGUAAGCCAACAUGACAGGCAGGAUAAGUUAACAUCUAGACUCUUCUCCUUCUGAGCCAUACCAUUGUAACAUGUGUCGAAUGUGGUCUUGCGUUGUCUUGCUAAAGCUGAGCCCUGAAUAAGCGCCGCAGCAUUCCUAUACCAUUACACACUCUAAAAACCCCGAGGCAACACCAGGGUUGAAAAGGGACCGACUACUUAUUGGGUUAUUUUGACCCAGAAUGUUGGGUUAUACAAAUUAACCCAAAUUUUGGGUUGACUUAAUAACUCUUUUUAAGGGUCAAGUUAAUCCAAUCUUUGAGUUAAUCUGAGUCAUGAUCUUGGGUUAAAUUGAUAUAUGCAUUUGGGGAGCUCUUUUUGGGAGCUUUGCUUUUACAACCUGUACCCUAUUUUCCCAUGUACUUUUAUCUAACUGGUUGGUGGGAAUCAGUUAUAGUACAUGGUAAAAUAGGGUACAGGUUGUACCCUAGCUGUUUCAGUGUACUGACUGUGGGUAUAGAAGCAAUCAUUUAUCCCUCAGCCUAUUCAUGUAACCCGGCUGUUUAGGGUUACUCGAGUAGUAGCAUCCCAACAGAGCCUUGUUCCCACCUGAUGUCCAUUGCCUUCUCUUUGUUGUUCCAAUAACCCAUUUCUCAUUACAAUGCCCUGGUUCCUCAGCAUGUGACGCAGACCUUGUUAGUGCACUCAUGUUAAUGAGGUAGGCCAUAGCGCUAAGGGUAUUACCUAAGGACCCAAUCUGGUAGAUGUAGUUAGCUCCUUACAGAUGUGUCUCAUGCGGGAUUUCAACCCCAAACCCCUGGUUGGGAACCUGAUGCUCUAUCUGCUGAGCUAAAAGAGUCAUGUAUGUUGUAAAUGCAGUGCACCUUUAGGUCCCCGAGGAUUCCAGACAAGCAUUAUUGAUUUUCAAACUUGUACCUUUUGUACAACCAGGAGAAGAUCUUCUGUGAAACAUAGAAAUGUCUAUGGUAUUGUAAUGGCAUGGACUUUCUCAGUCCUCGAGUGAAUACUGGUGGCUGCUUCUGCUUUUGUAGGUCACACUGAUGAAUCACUGUUAAUUUCACCCUGUUUCAUAAGCAAAAGAAUCAAUCUUCUUGCAGAAGCUUUAAGUCUUGUACUUCAGUAUCUCUUUGCUCAAGACCAUUCAACAAUACAUCAUUACAUACUAACCACAAAGUAGUGGUGUUGGUUUGAUUGCUUUCACUUCAAACCCUGAAUUACAACUAGUGAGUGUAGAGUGUAGAGUAAGAAACUGUGUUGUAUAAUUGAAAAUGGCAUAAAAGGAAAGUAGGACAAAUUCAGACCUUCAAAAUGCCACCGACCUGCACUCUUAUUCUGUCUACUUUACUUCCUGUACCUAAAAUCCCCUUGUAGCUAAAUUGUUCUGCUAAUGGAUUUUCUGCAGCAAAGGUCGUCCAGUUUUACAGAGGCAGUAUUUAUUUUAAUGACUCCUGUUUCUUUGAGACUGUGCAGGUGUUCAUUUAAAUGUGUUCACCCCCACACAUCUACAUAGCAACCGCAUAUUGUGUACCGACAGUAAUUGCAAUGCAAAUGCAAAUGAGCCACUUAAUAACCAACAGCAAACAGCUGUGUGAAAGAAAAGGGCAACUUGCCUUCAAGUUAUGUAAGUGAAUGUGUGAAAAAAAAUCUUGUGUUGUUUGAGAAGUGUUAAAAUAUUUUUCCUCUGUGAAAAUUGAAAGUAUCACCUCAGACACAUUCGCAGAAGGAUGCAGAUUGCUUUGCCAGGAACAGGAACUAAUAUUUUUUAGAUCCAGAUAAGUCCAUAGUAGGAAGGAACUGUGCAAAAAAAUUGGUGCAGUCGUGAGCUAGGCUAAAACAAAUUUCAUCUUUGUUUUGAUUUAAUAAAGGAAAGGGCUUUAGAUUUAAUAAAUCUGCUCACUCUUCUCGGGUAAGUUUGUCAGUGUAUGGAUACUUUCACAGAGCUGAAGUCAAUGUUUAGAGAAGUGAUCAGAGUUUACACAAAAAACAACAAAUGUAGCUGUCUGCAGAACAUUCAAGAUACUCGCCAUUGUAGAACAAAGAUUCAUUUUACUGUUAUUCAACCAUAUUAAAAGAUUGAGAGUAGAAGAUUUAGAUGAAAAUAUUCAUUUUAUUACCGGUUAUAUUUUGCCAUUACCGUUUGCUUUUUCUGAACCACUCUUGUGAUCUUACAUAACGCAUUGUAGUUUUAGAUUAUUUUGCUCUUUGUGGACCAGUUUCCCUUUAAACUCCAGAACAUGCACAAUAAGUAUUCUGGACUUUAGGUUAAAGGGAUGAAAAGGACUGUAUAAAUGAUGGAUGAAAUCUCAGUGACCUCUUCCAUUGUUUUCUUUAAGAUCAGUCACCACACAUCCCUGUACGUGUUACUGACCUGUUCAACCAUGUAUGCAAAAUACUACAGUAUACUUGUCUGUGGUGUCUUAUCAUAAUUCCAUGAUUGUGCACAUGAUUCCCUUCUACAGAGGAAAACGUGUUCAGCCUACAACAUCGAGAAAUCUAUCACAGAAGCUCUAAAUUUGGCGCAAAUCACCUGGACUGAGUCGUGACUGACUCAUGUGUUUUGUUUCUUCCCCCACAAUUUCCCCCUUUUGUUACCCUCUGAUAAUGUUAUUGUCUUCGGAAGAUCUGGUCAACUUAAAGGGAUAUUCCGGCGUAAAAUUAAUUUCUUUAUCAUUUCCUUGAAGUAAUAAUCAUCAUAUUAAUCGUUUUACACUGCAGAUACGGUAGUUCUUCUGCCUAAGCAUCUUGGUCUAAUUGCAUUGCCAUGAAGUAAUGAUCAUAAAUGUUCUUCCUUGAGCUGUGUCACCCCACAGCAGUCUGUAAUGGACUGGUCUGAUGUCCCCCUACAAACAAGUGGCUGCUGGAAGAGAGUAGGUGGGUUUUGUUUAGUCUCUUUGCUUAAGAAAUCAGACAAAGCUAGAAAGAUGUUUGAUGGCUAGUGCUAUGGCUAGGACCCUAUAUGUACUGUUGAUGAAGUUAGGUGCUGCUCUGAGCGUUAUUUGUGGCUAUAAAGUGGCGUUUUGGUUGAAGUUUGUUUAUGGCUCCUCAGAUCACUGUGUACUGCUAUUGUGCAGUCGUUACUAAAAUUAGUUUAACUAAAGAAGCAAGCGGUUGGCAACAUUCAUCUCUCGAGGAGGUGUCUAACUCGGUGUAAAUUAAUUUUACAUUGGAAUAUCUCUUUAAAGAUCAGUCACCACACAUCCCUGUACGUGUUACUGACUUGUUCAACUAUGUAUGCAAAAUACUACACUGUACUUGUCUGUGAUGUUUAUCACAAUUCCAUGAUUAUGCACAUGAUUCCUUCCUACAGAGGGAAAUGUUUUCAGCCUACAACAUCAAGACAUCUAUCUAUCUAUAUCUAUGCAAAUCACCUGGACUGAGUCGUGACUGAGUCAUGUGUGGUGUUUCUUCCCCCACAAUUUCCCCCUUUUGCUACCCUCUGAUAACGUUAUUGUCUUUGGAAGAUCUGAUCGACUUAAGACACCCAGUCGAGACUUACCUGUACAUAGCCUUUGUUCUGUUUCUCUGAUUAUUUGAAAAGACAGAUUGGCAAGAUGCAAUAAUUUAUGCCAAAUGGUUGCUAUAAUUGUUGAUGAGUCCUGGAAUUAGAUAACAGAUUGCAUAUUGCCACUUUAGAACCCAAGUGAGGGUUUAACUGAGAAAGAGCAAAGAUGAGAGUAGAAGAAGAAGAAGACGAAGAAGACGGAGUAGAUAAGGAGAAGAUGAAGAAGAUGAUGACAUAGAAGAAGAAGAAGACAAAGAAGAAGACGAAGAGAAGACCACAAAGAGAAGAUGACAAAAAAGAAGAUGAAGAAGAUGAAGAAGACAAAGACAAAGACGAAGAAGAAGAUGAAGAAAAAGAAGCUCCUCCAAGCUCUCCGCCAGUAUCAGAAAAAGAAGAGACAUGACCCUUAAGUGUGGGAGAAAAAGUUGAUUCACAUAAGUAUUGCAAUUUUUUUGUUUUACAAUUUUAAAUUGAUUUUCUUGUUCCUGAUCUUCAAAACUGACUUACAUGUGAUGUGUAUUUUUUGGGGAAGUAUGGUUCCUGGAAUAGUCACUAGAUAAUCAUAAUCACUCAACUGUUUCACCGGUGUUAAAAACACAGACUAAAGAUGGAGAAAAUCGACAAUAUCGUAGAAUCGCAAUUUAAAUCGAAUGGGCAUCCAGAAAAUCUUACAAGAAUGGAAUCGGGAGAAAAGCAUAAUGUCCCGACCCUAAUGACCCUUGUAAUCCAGGUACAGUCUCUCCAAAGUUAAUGAGUAAUAUUCAUUUGAGAGGCUUGUGUGGUAUUUAAUAAAACAACCAGGAAUACCCACAAACCCACAUAAUCCUGUUGGUAUGAAAAUCCUCUCCGCAUUGCAAUGACUAGUUUCUCAGGACACUUAUAAAAUGUGCUAAAAGGCUGAAUUUCCUCCUUUUGAGAAAGAGUCACCAUAUCUAUUUCCAGAUCAUACUACAAGAUUACAACACAGCGUGAACCGAGAAGCCUGCAGUGCAGCCAUGAAAAUGGGAAUCAGUGUCACAGGGAGCGCACAUACAUGGCAACACUUCCUCUGCUGUAAUGCUUUGUUUAUCCAAUAGAGGAUGGAGUAUCCGAGGAUUCUCCUUUCGUCUUACAGGAAACAGCGGACAUAUAUGGUUUGAAACAUGUCGAGCCGGUAGAGUCAUGCGCCAGAUCGCAGCUCUUAUAUACUACUCACAGAUUGAACAAGAGAGAGUGAAUCAGAGCAGGCUAUUUCACAGCGCUCGUUCUUCCUGCCCACGAGAACAGUCUGACAGUGUGCAUGGACAGGUUUUCACACAUUCAAACCGUCUCUCUUCUCACAGGUACACAGACAAAGUUAACUGUCAGUCUCGGAGAUGAGAAUGCUAAUUAAAAGACCAAGCUGUUAGGGGGUGGGAAGGCAGACAGCUUAGCCUACAUUUUGCCUCUUAUAUUCUGGUUGUGUUCUUUGGUGUUGUUACAUUACCACAUGGAACAGACACUAUAUUUGUUUUUGACGACAACUGCUCAUGACUGUAGGGGUGAAAUUAAACUAUUUUUACAUUAAUUAUCAAAAUGGUGGCAUGGAGGCAGACAAUCGGUGGCUCUGCUGAAGUGUUAUAGCUCCGUCAUCUCAUCUGUAUUGUUGCUCUGUUGUAUCUCAUCUCAGAUUAUCUGUGGGGUUCAGGUCAAGUAAGUCGGCUGGUCAAUCAAGCACAGUGAUACCACAGUCAGCAAACCAAUUUCUGUUUCUUAAGGCACUGUGGGCACGUGGAACUCCGUGUCUCCAAAAAACUUCUCAGCAGAUGGAAGGGCUAAAAUAUUUACCUGGUAGACAUUAGGCUGCAUAGACUCUGGACUUGAUAAACCACCAGCAGCAGAUGACAUGGGACCCCAAAUCAUCACAGGCGGUGGAAACUUCAUGCUUGAGCACUCAAGAUUCUGUGGCUCCAUGAUCUUCCCCCAGAUUCUUGGACCUUGAUUUCCAAAUGAGAUGCAAAAUGACUUCAGCCUCAGUCCACUCCCCGUAAGUUCUUGGAUCUGUUUUGUUUGACAAUCCUCUCAAGCCUGCUUGUGCACCUUUUUCCUUCUAGUCAACUUUCAGCUGAUAUCCUUUUCUACAGUUCUCUGUAAACAGCCAGCCUUUGCAGGUGUACAGAGUUAAUCGGCUGAUCGGAACUCUACUGAAGCGCUGAAAUAACUGACAAGAAACUGGACUUUUCCACAAUAUUCUGAUGAUUUGUGAUAGUGGAUGUUUGAUUUUUAGGAGCUUUAAUCAUCAAAAUAAAAAAAAUAAAAACAGUCUUGAAAUAUCCCACUUUGUUUGGAAUGAAACGCUGAACAGAGAAUCUCUAAAAUUAUGGUAAAAAAUAAACUUUGUUGGGACAUUAUGAUAUUUUCAGCUGCACCUGUAUAGUACCCCCUUUCAGUCCAUCAUACCAAAAGGGCAGUAGAUCCAGUGUAGUCCGUGUUCAUAUUAUACAACCACCUCAAUAACUAUGUGUAGGGUGUAACUAUAAAUCAAUACAUACAAGCUCACCUACAUGGUAUGCAUGCCAACUCUUAUGUAAAAGGAACAGAAAUAAGUUAAUGUGUAAAAGGUAUUGUCUCCAGGGAACCAGUCUAUUAUAAAAAAAAUUGAUAAACUGUUGUCUUCAUUUAAGACCAUGGUAUUCAGACUUGUGAUUGUGGUGUUUGUAGGAUUGUGUUGGUUCUUAAGUCCACCAUCUGCCCCAAACUGUGAUACUUUACCAACUUCUAAAUGGAUAUAAUGCUUUUAAUUUGAUCAUCAGCAGUUCAAGUAAUCUGCUAUAAAACUCAAGAGACAGAGGCUCAAAUUACGAGGUUUUAGUCACUGUCAUAAGACCAAGUACUGAUAUUUUUAUUUUUUCAUGCUUCCACUGCCCCCAUCUGCAGCUCUUUAAAACUUUGAUAAAGUUGUAAAUAAGAGAGAGUAAGGUUGAAUUAAGAGAUAAAAACCACUCAUAUUUGCAUUGAUAUAUUUUUUAAUUCUGACUUUUUAAAUAACACUUCUUAAUUUCCUCUUUACCUGAUGUUACUUCACACUCUAGACCAUGGGCUACCGGUGCUUGAUUUUUCUUGUACAUACUUCUUUAUUUUACUUCUCCACAGUAUGUGCAGACCAGUAGCGAUUGCUCGAAGACUGCAAGGGAAGCUCAGCUUCCCUUAAAAUGUCACCUCCCCAAAAAAAGGAAAAGUGGUGAAAUACGUACUGCUGUGUGUACAUUUCAUUAACUAAAUACGCGCUAGAAAGCCUUCAUCUUUUGUUCAGAAUCAGCUUCUUAUCACAGUGUGAUAAGAAGCUGAUUCUGCACAACUUCAUUCUCAUUCAUCCUCGCAGCGCCUCAGCGCUUCACACAGCUGGACGCCCAGCUUUUGCUGACUUCAAUGUGGAAGCUCAAAGUGGGUUGUUCCAGCAGCGAAACUAGACGCUCAUUGGAUAAAUGCUGGGCUUUGUCCCACCCAUCGGACGCUCAGCUUCUCUGGAGUUCUAUGGCGAGAGGGCGGUCCCAACUUUCUCGCGGACGCUGAGCUUCUGCAUCCAUGAUUGGAUGAGCUGUCUGAGGCGAAAUCCUUUUUUGAUUGACAGCUAAACAAGCGAAUCAGUGAUCUUAAAGAAUAAAACAUCUACCAGAGCAUUUUCCAAGUUAUUCAUUCCAUUGUUCUUAACUGCUCCGGAGACUUUACCGAUCCUCAGCGACUUUUGUCUUUGUUAAAAACAACUGCUGUUGUGUUUGGCGACUCUGUUCUGUUACAUACAAAUAAACAAACACAAUUAUGAUGUAGGCCAGAAAAAUGAGCUUCCUCUCCUUGAAAGACCAGCAGCCGCCACUGGUGCAGACUAUACUUGUUGCCUAAAAGUUGUUUUUCAACAUUUGCUUGAUGGCUUCCACAAAUGCUAAUCAUUUACCUAAACAUGUAUCUUAUGAUAUGGCGCAAACCAUACCCGCAUCAAUUGCACCCGCACCAUCAUGAGGCAAAUGUGGAAUAUGAUGAAUCUGUUGGCCAGGUUAAAGGGAUAUUGUGGUGUAAAAUAAUUUAGGGUCAAACGCACCAUAACACCCAGUUAGACACCCCUCGAGAGAUGAAUGUUGCAGACUGUUUGCUUCUCUAGUUUUACCAACUUAAGUAUUGACUGGACGAUAGCAAUACACAGCGAUCUAAGGAGCCAUAAACCAAUCUCAACAUUUAUGAUCAUUUCUUUAGCAUCUCCUUGAAGUAAUAAUCACCAUAUUAAUUAUGGUGCCUUAGCAUCACGAUCUGAUUGCAUUUUCAUAUAGAAAUGAUCAUAAAUGUUCUCUGCAGCAGUCCGUAAUGGACUGGCCUGAGGUUUCGCUACAAACAAGCGGCUGCUAGAUGAGAGUAGCUGUGUUGUGUUUAGUCUCUUUGCUAAAGAAAUCAGGCAAAGUUAAAAAGAUGUUUGGUGGCUAGUGCUGUGGCUAGGACCCUAUAUGUACUGUUGAUGAACUUAGGUGCUGUUCUGAGCAUUAUUUGUGGCUAUAGAGUGGCGAUUUGGUUGAGUGCGCGGUUCUCUGUAUUGCUAUCUGCGGUCGUUACUAAAGUCGCGAAGCAAGCGGUUGCCAACAUUCAUCUCUCGAGGGGGUGUCUAACUCGGUGUUACUGUGUGUUUGACCCCAAAUAAAUUUUACGCCGGAAUUUCCCUUUAAUGUUGGACUAGUCCAUUCAGUCAGUCAGGGGUCACGCGUCUCACAAGCGUUAACAGCUGCCCUAUAAUUCAGGCAGGUGUGGUCAUCGGUACCUACCUUUGAACCCCACCUCCUUCCUCUAAUGCAUUUGUCCGCGUAAUGUCAGCGGCCAUGCGAGAAACUCUAAUUGUACAGUUAACGUUUGAAUGAGUAAAAGUCACGACUGAAAACAUCAAAUGGGAAUACAGAAAUUUUCAAGGCUUGUGUUUCAAACCGCUUUAACUAACGGAGAGGGAAUAUUAUCGUAUUGUGGACUACAUUAAUGCAGCGCACCGGCCUGCAAGUUUUGCAGCCAGAGAUUUACCGGCGUCUGAUGAAGAGGAGGACUAAUGUUUGGACAACAACAACAUGGGAGGAAGACGCUGCUGACGAGAAACACUACGUCAUACAGGUAGGUUAUGAAUUUUUCAUAUGACUGGAUGAAAUCUACAAUAUUUUCACAUUUACAAAUCAGACCCAAACAUUGAAAAGACAAACGGCACUAUUUUUUUCGUUAAACUAUGAACCUCAGCGGAGUGAUACAUUGUGAUUGAUUUUGCUCUUCAAUGGGGUUUCAACUAUAUCUCAUAUUUAAAGUCAUUACUUAUUUGUGUUAUUAUAAGUGAAGAAUCAUAACAGCUUCUGAUUGUGUUACUUUGUUGAAUCACGUGACGAUCUGUGAUUUGUAAAGAGUGAUGUUUAGGGAUGUUUUGUGCAGCUGUGCUUUGUUGGUUUUGUAUGACUGCUCAUGAGUUGCUAGACUUGUGUUGUGAACUUUGUGGUGCUUCUGGCUUUCAGACAUCUGUAAAUGGACUGUAAAACAGAUAUUGGCUUUUAGUGGUCCUGUAAUGUUAUGACUCUUAGGAUACAGGUGACUGCUGUGCUCUGAGUCAGUGUGAGCUGUAUAUUGGAUGUUUGUCUUAAAAUUUAGGUCAAGGCGUUCGUAUCUACAGGAUAAGUAGACAGCGUUUGAUGAUGCUUUUAAAAGCAGAAUGGUACAUCUGAACACUUUAACUCACAAGCAUAAAGCUGCUGCUGAACUGCUGAAAAGACUUUAUUGCCUCUGAUUGCACACACUUUAGGUGGAUCGAGAGUGAAAAGUUGUGUAACAUGUGACCCGAAGUUCAAAAGCAACAAGUAUAAAUAUAUAUGUACAUUACAGGCAGAACUACUUGCCAUAAUAAUGCAGAAUAUCAGUCUAAACAGCUGUGUAUGAUAAGUUUAACAUACAGUAGGUCAGAGACAAUAGCAAAAAUAUCUGUAAAAAUAAUGAAAAAUAUAUAUUCUUUAUAAGAAUGUUCAUUAUGUACAUUUGUAAACAGAAGCUUAUUCGAAUGCAAAGCAAGAGCUGAAACUGCAGAAGGUUGUCAGGAAUCCAGUGCAGUCCACUGCAUACAGAUGCUAUCCAUUGUGGCAUGGAUUAAUACAAAAGCAGUACAAUUCAAUACAAUAACAGGGGGAUCACACACGACCUCUUUUCCAUCACCUGUGGACUUUUACAUGGUAUGUUUUUGUAGGAAACAGUGCUACUGUUCUGUUUCUUGUGUGUUUAUUUUUCCACUUGAAUAUAGAUUAAAAGAAGAUAAACAUUACACAAUCCAUUACACAACAGAUGUUCGAGGCUUUCUUAUGUGGGGUACAGAUAAAUAAGAUUCUGAAUAACCCAAAUUAAAACACUUAAUGGUAAUGUAUUCAUGAAACACCCUCACAUUUAAUCAAAAUACCGUUUUCCAAUCAUUUUAUGUAAAACUGCAACUCUGAUGAGCAUCUACAAAGGUUUUUUAUGGGGAGGGAGGUGAUUAUGUGUUUAUGUCAUUAUGUCACUAGGUACAAGCUCAUACAUAACCCUGCAUUUGAAUGUGCAGCAGAUAGGCCAUAUGCAAAUUAUGUUGCAUAAGACAGUCUGACAAAUAGUCAACAUAAUUGAGUAUCUAAAAUUACUCUUUUGAAAACCUGCUGAAGCCUUUUGCCAAGUCUGUCAUGUUUAUGCAAAAUGAAUCUGGAAUUCAUUCUGAAAGUAUGUAGCAGAAAAUCCCACUAUAGGGUGAUGAUAUAAUUUCAGGAGCCUCUGACAAACUGGAUCUUCCUGUAUCAUUAAUGUAAAUAUAAUGCAGGAGGUACAGAUCCAAAACUUGUGUAUGAUCACCAGAUCAUUUUGAUUAGGGCCAAACCGAUUUGUCGGUGAGCCGAUUAAAUCAGCCAAUAUUAGCCAGUUUGAGACUAAUCAGUAAUCGACCAAAACUAGACGAUUUUCGCAGAUAUUUUCUGAAAUAAAAUGCGGAGAAUAAGAUUCGGUUUCACUUCGAAAAUGUUUCGCCAUUUGAAAAGUUCCCCGACUCAUCCUGAAGAUGACGCAGCGACCUCAUGACAAUCUUCAUCCACUAACUACCUCACAGCACAGCAGAGUGACGGAUCUGAAGCAGGCAGCUCAGGGACGCAUGGAUGAGAGUGGUCCGCCUCAACGGUGAAAAAACAGUUUGUGAAAUACACAAUAAGUCAACAAGUUUCAGUUCAACCCACUUCGAAUGUUCCCCGCUGUGCUGGUCUCGAUCACGCCGAGUUAACGGUGAAGCACCAUGUAAUAUGCAAGCUAAAGUUAGAGUUAGCCAUCUGCUAUUAGCCUUGCUACACUGUUAGCCGUGCCAAUAACAGUAGAAUAAACAACAGUACACAUUAGCACAUUAGCUGAGGGGGUUGAAAACGCUUUUGGAUCAGUCGGUCUUCUUGUUGGCGUGAAAAGCAGUAGCCUACAGUAUAUCUACAGCAUAUAGUAUACUGUUGGUAUCUACACUAUAUACUGUAUAUAUAUUUUUAUAACUUCAUAAAAUUUUUUUAAAAAAUCGGCUGAUUAAUCAGUAAUCAGACCCCCCCCCCCCCCCCCCCUAAUAAUCGGCAUCGGCCCCAAAAAAUCCAUACCGGUCAGGCCCUAAUUUUCAUUACAGGUCCCUUUUUCUUGUAUUUAUGCUAGUGCUAUUUAAUUUUUCUCAAGACCCUAUCGUAGCUAUGUGGAGUUAGAAAAUACUGCAGCGGCUAUUAUCUGUGACUUGCAAUUCUUAUCUGUCAGACAGUGGGGUAGAUAACCAGUAGGUGCAGAGCUACACAAGUUUUUUUUUUCCUCCUCUGCAUGCAUUUAGUUUUCUGUGAGUGUGGUCAGAAGAGUGAAUAACACUGCUGUGAGUACACAGCCCUGACACGGGAGGUGACAUCCACCACAUCUCACACCAUCCUACAGCCAACACUGUUCCUUCAAAGGUUAAAGGAUGAAUCAACAUUGUGCAAGAGAAGAGAAAAGAAGAACCCUCCAAGUUAGGUCACCUUUACCAACAAGCUGCAUUUUAAAAUGAGAAAAUAAUAAUUUAAUAAUAAUGAGAAUUUAGGAAAGUAAGAUUUUUGAUUUGGGUUGAAAUGUAGGAUCAGUCAUUAUAAGCCAUUUUGCAUCGCCAGGCAAUGAAACGAGUUGUCUCAUUUUCAACUUUUUCCCCUACCCUCGUCUCGCACCCCCCCGAUUCAUCACAGCACCCACACAUGUCUAGGAGUGUGACUGUUAUGUGUAGCACUGGCUAGACUGCACUCUGUGCUUCUGUGCUCCAGAUAUCCAGACAGGCAGAUGGCAAUAAUAACACACAUUUCAUAAGUGUUGAUAUAAAUGCAGACACAGACCCAGACAGCUCUCAGUAUGAUUAUCAGCUGAUGUCCCAGAAUCUUCUUUUCACAGGGAUCAGAAUCUUUCGACUUUGGGGGGAAAAAGGAGAGAGGUCGUCCUUUAGAGAAGAGAUGAAACUGAUAAUAAAAGAGCUGAAAGAAGAUAAGCAAUAAAAGGGGGUUUACCAAAACAUGUCAAACUGAGGACGAGGCAGCACAAGAAACCAGAGGGGAGAUAAAGAGAAAUUAUUAGAGGAAACAAUAAGACAGAUUGGAGCGCAGAAGGCAGUGAUGGAUUAUGCCUGGCAGAGAAGAGGGUGUUUUUGCUGGGGGAGCACUUUAUAAAAAUCUUCCCUGCAGCUCAAUAUCUGCACUCAUGACAUGCUCUGCUGCAUUUUAAAUCUUCUUAAAGCAACCACCAAAACUUCAGGAAAGUCCAUUUUACUGUUACAUCAGAGACAGCACUCAAAAUGAUCUGUAUUAUUCCUUACAACAUCGGUUUAUAUAAUAUGUCCCCCUCAUUCAAGUUGUCUUAGUUAUUUCCUCUGUAUAAUUAGAUUUACAUGCCUCUGUGGCUCUGUCUUUCCUUGGAGAGUGGUGCCCUCUGCUGUUCAGUGAAGCUAUGUUGCAUAAUGAAUUUUUGCUAUUUCUUACAACAAAUUUUUUUAUAUGACAUCUCCAUAGUUCAUCUCCAUAUUAUUCCUACAUUUCAUCCUCAUAUAUAACAUAUAACAUCCUCAAAAGUAGGAUUUUGAAGCACCACCAUGGCAUCAGAUUCACUCAGUGCAGCUCUUCUCCACCACCAAGUGGACACUCUGCACUUCAUUCUCCCCCAUCUGGGCCUCCUCUUGGCUGCCACUGUGCUGACAGUGCUGAGCAUUCUCUGAGACCUUUAAUCGUCUCUGGUAGCGCCGAUUUUCCUCAGGGUAAGAGACCACAGACAGAGGCAGUCUACAGAUGGCUUGGAUCUCAGAGGAAAUGAGGAGGAAGAUGAGAGUCGACAGGCAGAAAGGCCACGUGCAGGCCGGUAAUGCGAGCUGAAAGGGGAUGUCAAAGGAGAGGAGAGCGUGACAUAUGAUAUGAAAGACAUCUGGGUAUUCAGACGAUGUUUAAGGGAAAGUUUCUUACCAUAGACAUCAUUUUUACGAUUGCCGCAGUCAUGUAUGCGCAGAAAAGAGCUAAAAAGAAAAAUACAUGUACAUUUUAUUAUUAUUAACAAGCAAUACUUCAAGUAAAGCAGACUAAUGAUCGAUGUGUCUGUCAGUCUUACCACAUAUUACAGCUAGUAGAUGGCUUUGCCACGUUAAGACAUAAAAAACCCCUCCAAUGGCAACACAGGAAAGAGCACUGUUAUAUCCCCACAGGCCUGAAUAAAUGUCCACAUGAGGAGCUGCUAGUGCAAAUCCUGUAACACGCAUAAAGAAAAACCUCAGAAUUAUCCUAAAUAGUGUACAUAGCAUGCAAAUAGUAGAUCUUUAAACUCAUAAUUUCUGGUUAUUUAGAGAAAAACAUGCAAAGGUUCGUUCAUUCAGAGUAAUGCCAUGGUUUGCUUUAAAGAGCUAAAAUUGUCACUUAAGCCACAGCAGACAUUAUGCAGAUCUCUAUGCAAAUGAGAGAGUCUUUCAACCAGCCAGCAUGCCAGCCGCUGAGCCCAACAUGGCGUGGAAACAGAUAAUUGGUGAGGAAAGCAGCAGGGCCAGAAGGAUGAGCCCUCCUGUCCAAGGACUGUCGCAGCCGUACACCUGGCCAACACCGACUGGCACUGACAGGAGGAGCUGCAAAUGGAAAGACUGCAGUUUACUUACAAUUCAAACAGAUACUGCACAUAAUUUAUCAAGACAACAUAUGUGCAGCAUAACCAGUAUAAUGACCUAGAAAAUAAAACAAUCUUUUUUCACCUGAGAGAUAUUGAGGCUUUGGAUGGAAAUAUUAGAAGGAUGCAGUUGAUGAUUUGGCUGGAUAUCCACCUGAAAUUAAACUGAAGUGAGCUUCAUUUGAAAAUCCAUACUCCAUUGUUUGAAGCAGGGCUGUACUGUACCUGCGGGAAGUAGGGGUGAGUGGCUCCUGUUGCUGCGACAUGUAUGUACACCAAAAUAUUAAAGGGCAGGGUGAAUAUUGGGAGGUCCCAUUUACCGGUAACUGAGGACAAAGCGCUGGAGACCACUGGGCUGUAAACAGGAGCAGGAAAUGGAUUACUGAUUGGAAGGAAAGGCAAAUCAAAUGAGAAUGCUGUGACCUUGCCUAGAUGGUCUAUGUUCAGACCAAGGGUGGAGCUCACUGUAUGACUUAUAACUUAUGUGGCUGUAGUAUCAACUUUGUAUAACUUUGUGUAUUGUUAGGGUGUGAGGCCCACACUGACCCAUACAGUAAAACAGUUUAGUUUUUUACAUACAUUGCCCCACCAUGGUGACAUAAGGUUCAGCCUAACUAGUAGACCCUAAAAUCCAAACUAAUCCCACUAUUGUUGCAGAUAUCACUUUAUUACUUCAAGUAGCCAAUCAAGGAAAAGGUUUUGUCUUUGUGGAGGGUUUGUUUCAAAGCUCUCAUGCUUGACUGCCUCCAAACAAGCUCAGUGCUUUGACAAUUGGUAUUUAAAGAAGACUUAACACCUACUAAGAGCCGUUUUUUUCAUGCUAUUAUUUCGGACAUCAAUAUUUCGUUUUUUUUAGAUUUCGUGUUGUUGCGACGUCUGAUUCACCGGUAUAUCCAAAAUGGCCGACCAGCUGAUUGUUUACGUGUCAGAGAACAGAGUGCUUUUUAAUAAAAGACACAAACAUUACAAAGAUAACGACCUGAAGGACAACUUGUGGAGAGUCAUAGCGUUGGAUAUGUCAUACGAUGAUGGUUUGUGUGCUUUAACAGUUUGCUAAACGUCUUUGUUUUAACCGUCAUCUGUGCUAAGUAACUUUAGCUCAUAAGCUAACCUGUUCAGAUACAACAUACCAUAUGUAUUUUCACUGUCUCAAACUCAAUCGCGUUGCUGUCACAGCAACAUUAGGUCUCGGUUGUUACCUUUCGUUUACAGAUUAUAGUUUAAUGUGCUUAUCUGGUACUGGCACCGACUCAGUACAUGCUAUCAUGACAGACAGACAUCUCAACACUAGUGUCUAAUCAGAACUGAAAAACAGUCAGUCUGCUGUUGUGUCAGUCUUCUUGCUUCCACCUUGGACGCGUCUUUAUUCCCCCUGGAAAGUCGCAAAAUCGCAUCGGGCUUGAUUUGUAUAGUCAGGCGUGUCAAAAUUCGCCUAUGAAAAUUUCGUAAUUUCGCGUCGUAUAUUAGCGUCGUUCCCGGUUUGUAAGGACCUUUGAGAUGUAACUUAUGCUUACUUUGAAACUAUCUCAGUCAGUGCAUUACUGAAAACUAUAUGAUUUAUUGCGAUUUUUAACAUUUUUCAAUACAAUAUAUUGCGAUUUAUAUAAUUUUUAAAAACUGUUUAGCUAAUUUAGCAUUUGGCUUUCCUUUUUUACUUACUUAUUUCUUAUUUACGCUGUAUUUUAUUUUCAUGUAGCACAUCUUGCAAAUCUUAUAUAUAUUUGUUGCAUUAACUGUCUCCUGCACUAUGAUGUCACCUCUGUCAACCUCAUUGGACAAAUAGUUGAUUUUAUUUUUCCAUUAUUUAUAGAUUUGACUCCAUAUUAAUUUGAAAAAGCGAUACUUGGUAAAUGAGACGAUACGAUAUAUCACCAGACAAAAUAUCUCGAUACUAUGCUGCUUCGAUUUUUUUUCUCCCACCCCUAAUAAGUUCAUCUAUUGUUGUGGGUGUACAAUACUUAAAACAUUUGUAAACUGCAUCCUAAAUCAAUAAUUGCAUUUAAACCAGGCUGCUUUAAACUUAGGCAUAAAUGGUGCAACCCAGGGCUGCUGUUUACUGAUAUUAACUUUGUGCAGAACCAUUCCUCUGUUAUAUUUUAGCACACCAGUCAAGUCUUGGAUUUCUCCAUGAUUUUUAUAUGUUAAGCCCUCUGCAGGCUUUUUUCAUUAGUCUUGUCUUACUAAAAUGAAGAAUUCAAAUACAGAGAAUGGAUUAAACUAUGUUUAUCUAUUCCAACUGUGGCUGUAAAUGGCUGUCUAAACAUGCUGGUGCCUUUACUAAGAGUGUGCCAGUGAAUUGAUUGGAUAAGAAUUAGGGAAACUCUUACCACAGCAUGGACAUGAAGAUAUUUGGAAGUAACAGCCACCAGUACCAGUUCCCUUUGGCAGAUAAGACAGCCAUCAGCAUGCCGACCAAUGUUCCGUUGUAGCCACACAAACCUGCUGUGAUGGCCUCCCUGAUGUGAAUGUGACAGAUGUAGCCAACAUGAGUGCAAAACACAAUUAAACGGGAGGCAAACUGAAAACCACACAGUGUGAAAGUUGGAGAAAGUGAAGCCCCCGCGGAUAUAAGUGGGAGAGACGGAGAUGAUGGUUUUGUAGAAAGAGUUUUCAUAUCUGUGAAGAAGUCAAAUAUUGAUGGAAAAAUGGUGAUAGACCUGUUUUGUCCAAGUAACAUGGCGGACACAGUGGAGACAACAGUCCCCAGCAAACCAUUCAACGCCCACCAGGGGUUCUGCAGGAAGAGUCCAGCUGUUAUUAGAAGCCCACUGAGAGGGUUGUUGACAAACAUGACCUGAGCCACCCCACGGAAAAUCCAGUCCAGUAGUUGGAUGACCAAAACCUGUCCUAGCAAACAAUGAAAGUGUAUUAAGUUUGAUCAGCUUUGGUUAUUGACACUUGGAAUUCAAGCACAGCUCUAUUAUAACUGAUGUGGCUUCAAGAAUUAGACACUACCUACUUUUCAUCCAUUCUCUGCAGAGUUUCAUGUCUCCUGUGAGAAGCCCAAAAGCCUUGAAGAGGAAGGAGCUAACGGGGGCUUCUCCAUGUUGGGGCUUGUUGUUGUCAUCCAUACUGCCACUAGAGUGUAUCACAGUGGUUAUUUUAGUACUGCAUGUAGUUGAACAAAUCAAGGAGAAAGGUUUUACUGGUGAAAUAUUUUUAGGACCAUUCCUAUACGUCUUUGAGUUUACUCUGGUUCAAACUUAUAUAUCUGAGUCUGGACCGUCCUAAGGUUUCUGCCUGUUAAAAGGAAGUUUUUCCUGUCAAUAAAACAAACACAUCAGCGAUGUUUUCCCGUCCUGUGAUAUUGCGGCAUUUAUUUUUUCGGAUCACGGUCGAAUUUUCUGAAGUUUUGCAUACUGUGUGUCCUCUUCUGACCGAUCAGAUUUCGUGUUGCGACGUCAGAUUCACCGGUAUAUCCAACAUGGCUGACUGGCUAAUUAUGUCCAUGUUGGAGAACAGAGUGCUUUUUGAUAAAAGACACAAACAUUACAAAGAUAACGACCUGAAGGACAACUUAUGGAGAGUCAUAGCGUUGGAUAUGUCAUAUGACGAUAGUUUGUGUGCUUUAACAGUUUGCUAAAUACAAUUAAAUACGUCUUUGUUUUAAUUUUCAUCUGUGCUAAGUAACUUCAGUUCGUAAGUUCACCUCGUAUAUUGUGUUCGGUCCUAGUGUGUAAGGACCUUUAAGGUUGGGUCUUGAUAAUUCAUCUAACAGUGGUGAUCUUGACCUGGGGCCUGUUGCAUAAAAGUAGGAUUCAGUUAUCCAGGAUAAGUGACUGAGCUGAGCUCAACGAAUCCAAAGCAAGAGCGUCCAGGUUUAUUCGGUUGCAUAAACGCUAAUCCAGGAUGAGAAGAAACGGAUUCAUCAAACCAGCUGAAAGCAAUCCCGGAUAAAUGCGCGCACCUGGCUGCUUAAAUAGACCCCCGCGAUCGAUCACAGAUUCACCUAUUUACCAUGACAACCAGAGCUGCAUACUUCUCCCCGUCGGAGCAGGAUAUACUUAUGGAAGCGUAUGAAGAGUUAAAAGAUCAGAUUAAAAAAAGGAAACGCCGCCACUGCCAUUAAACAGCGAGAAAAAGCGUGGCAAAGUAUUGCAGACCGCCUGAAUGCGUAAGUGUUGCACAAAUACACACUCACUCCUCCUCUGAAACGUCACAAUUGCAAUCCAAAUAGUUGAUUAACAUCUCCAAAAACAUAGUUGUUUUAGCCUACUCUGAUUAUGAAACAGUUGAAAUUGCAAGUAAAGAUAACUGCAGAGAGAAAGUAUGUUAAUCCAUGUUUGCUCCUCAUGCUCCUCUUCUGUUUCAUUCUUGAUUAAAGCUGUCAAAAUUAGUGACUUCAUUUGAGUAUAUUAAUUUGUGCAAUCAACUGAGUAGAAUUUCUAAUCAUAAUUGUUUUUUUGACCUAUUAAUGCAACAAAAUCCCCAAAAUUACAGAAAAAAAAAAAAAAAUCCCC